AUGUCGUCCAGAUACAGAGUCGAAUAUCAUUUGAAAUCGCACCGUAAGGACGAACUGAUCGAAUGGAUCAAGGGCCUGCUCGCAGUGCCUUUCGUCCUACAUUCGGCAUCCGCAGAUGAGAGCCGAGUUGUGAUCCGGCAACGUUACGCCGACGUGUUCCGAGCCGUUGAGGGCAUGGUGCAAGACGAGGUAGACAUCAGCCUGCAACAAGGCGAGUUUGCGAAUGGACGCGUCGUGCGAUCUCGGCUUCACCAGCUGGUACCCUCAAUUGGGCCGUUUUUCACUCCGCUGCCGUUGGAGCAAGCUUUCCUGCUCGAGGACAAGCGACGCGCCAUAUCUGCGCGUACCAUGGUCGCGCCCAGCUUCAACGACAUUCGACAUGUCUUGAACGCAGCGCAGAUUUUGAACAUGCGCGAGGCAGGCAAUGUCAAGCUAGUCACGUUCGAUGGGGACGUGACGCUGUACGAGGACGGUGGAUCUCUGACCAAGUCCAGCAAAGUGGUGCCGUACUUGUUAGAGCUAUUGCGUCGUGGCAUCCACGUCGGUAUUGUCACCGCUGCUGGUUACGAUGAGGCUCGCAAGUACAUGGAGCGAAUGCAUGGACUGAUGGAAGCGCUACACACUGACACGACAAUCACACCCGAGCACAAACAGAACCUGGCUAUCAUGGGCGGUGAGUCCAACUAUCUAUUUCGUUACGACUGUGUGGAGCAGGGGCUCGUGGCCAUCGACGAGUCGCACUGGUUGCUGCCGCAAAUGCAGCAAUGGGCCUCACAGGAUCUCACAGACACAUUGGAUCUGGCAGAGUCACUACUGCACGACUUCCGCGCAUCGCUACGCCUGCCAGAUGAGGCCACUAUCAUCCGUAAGCCACGUGCCGUAGGCAUUGUACCUGGGAAUCGUUGGAAUCCGGAAACACAGAGGACCAUCCGUGUAAAGAUGGAGCGUGAACAGCUCGAGGAGAUGGUUCUGACGUUGCAACACACGCUGGAACGGUUUGCACCUGCUGCGCGCAUCCAAUUCAGCUGUUUCGACGGUGGAAGCGACGUGUGGUGCGACAUCGGGGGCAAAGAUCUUGGUGUGCGCGCGCUGCAACACUACUUCAGCCCCUCCUCGCCCAUUGAACCCAGCGAAACUCUCCAUGUGGGCGAUCAGUUUGCCCCGAUGGGUUCGGCCAACGACUUCAAGGCCCGUCUUUCUGGCUGCACCUUGUGGAUUGCGUCUCCACAAGAGACCAUAGAGGUGCUGCACGAUCUGACGCACGGCUUCGAUCACUAA